AUGAGUGUGCUGGGAGAGGAGGGGACACCUGUCCAGGCUGACUUGCAGCAGCUGUGGUUUUUGGUGGCUGUCCUCCUGAGCCACCAGCUCCUGCAGUUGGUGUCUGGAAUGUCUCUGGGCAAGCUGAUCUCCAACGCCACCAGGUCCACGGUGUACGACAACGGCACGCUCGACAUCCUCAUCACCACGGUGAAGGACACGGGCUCCUUCACCUGCAUCGCCUCCAACCCCGCGGGGGAGGCCACGCAGACCGUGGACCUGCACAUCAUCAAACUGCCCCACCUGCUCAACAGCACAAACCACAUCCACGAGCCUGACCCGGGCUCCUCGGAUAUCUCCACAUCCACCAAGUCGGGCUCCAACGCCAGCAGUAGCAACGGGGAUACUAAAGUCAGCCAGGAUAAGAAGGUGGUUGUCGCAGAAGCGACGUCCUCCACGGCUCUGCUGAAAUUCAAUUUCCAGAGGAAUAUACCUGGGAUCCGUAUGUUCCAAAUCCAGUACAAUGGUACUUACGAUGACUCCCUUGUUUACAGAAUGAUACCUCCCACGAGCAAAACCUUUCUGGUCAACAACCUGGCCGCGGGGACGAUGUACGACCUGUGCGUGCUGGCCAUCUACGACGACGGGAUCACCUCGCUGACGGCCACCAGGGUGGUGGGCUGCACGCAGUUCACCACCGAGCAGGAUUAUGUGCGCUGCCACUUCAUGCAGUCCCAGUUCCUGGGCGGGACCAUGAUCAUCAUCAUCGGUGGGAUCAUUGUGGCGUCCGUGCUCGUGUUCAUCAUCAUCCUCAUGAUCCGCUACAAGGUGUGUAACAACAAUGGGCAGCAGAAGGCCACCAAGGUCAGCAACGUGUACUCGCAGACCAACGGGGCUCAGAUCCAGGGCUGCGGCGGGGCGCUGUCGCAGUCCAUGUCCAAGCAGNCAUCCCCAGCGUCCCGCCCACGCUGGGAGCCCUUGGCACAGUCCCUGCUGGGCUCUUGA